UUCCUUCUUGUUUAUACCAUACAAUUAGCACCAAUUUUGGUCAUUUUUGUCAUUACAUUAUUUAAGAAGACUACAUGAAACCAUAACUCAAUCAAAUUAAUCUCCCUAGCUCUGUCUUGCUUUUUAAAAUGUUGCAGUCUCGCAGUGUAGACAUUGCGUUUUUCCAAGGCACUCUGAAACCGGCUUUGAAUGCCAGUUAGCUUUAUGAUAGGUUCGCCAUCACUUGUCACCUAGCCAAUAUAAAAAUUCUGGGUUUUAGGUCAGAAUGGUCUCACAGCAUGCUUGUUAUUCCAGCUAGCUAGCUAGCUAACUAUUGAAUUUUGUUCAAAACAGCAGUUACUACAAACAGAAUCGUUCACAAAGAUAUGGAUGAAAAUGCGUCCCGUAGCCAUGAGUUAAAUAUGGAACGCCUAUUCUACUGUCUAAAUAAGGGACGAUUACAUAUUUUAUGAGAUGGUUGGCAUCCCUAAAUGAAGCCAGUAACUAGAACCGUGAUUCAAUGUUGCCAUCUAUUGCAAAAUUGGACAUUGAAAAGGGGAGGGGACGUAACAACAAUUCAAAAUCGAUAUAAUAAUGUUGCUGUUUUAACUGCUUUAGAAUGCUGGAUUUUGUAGCGCAUUGAUUUUAGAACUGUUCAAAGGCUGAAGUGUCCCUUUACUGAGAAAUAAUGCCCACCUUUGGACCAAUCAGAAUCGAGCAUUCAGCCAAGCUGUUGUAUAAAUUAAAAAUAUUAUCUUCUUUUAAUUUUCGGCAGACUAGGCACAGGCAGUGCAUUGCUACCUCCCGGUGGUUAAAAACAACGCAUUUGGUCUUUGCAAACGGAAAUGAUGUACGUGUUUAUUAGCAUAUUGAGCGGGGAAUUGAGAUCUGAUCACAAGUGGUCACUCGAGACGCAUUCUGAUGCCAGGUGUGAACUGACAUCCGUCUCGACUGAAUCUAGACACAAUCUGGAUAUAUCUGGAUACAAAGUACAGGUCUGAACAGGGCCAGUGACUCUGUAGCCCACAGUUAGAGAUGCACCGAUACCAAUUUUCUUUAUGUUGUGUACUGUUUGAAACAAUAUUGAUAAAGGAUAAACUAAAAAAAGGAUAAAUAGACAAAGCAAUGCUAAAAGUUCGGUGAAAAUUCACUUUCAAAUAUACCAAGCUGUAACUGAGGGGGAUAAAUGGCCAAUUUACAGUCCUAGCACUUAUAAACCCUUAAUUUAUUAUUUUGUAUUAUAUUUAUUAUAUUUGGUAUCCUUCAACCUUUGGGUAAAUAUAUUGCGAUCGUACUGCUUCGUGUUAAUUUUUAUAGUAUAGUAUAGUGUAACGUUGCAGUACACUACGUUGAAGAAGUUAAUUGCAGGUUUAAGAUUUAAAAGAUCAAAUUCAUUUAUUCUGCCGAUAGGUGUGAAACCUGACCUACAUGCGAAUAAGUACAUAUUGUAAUUAUACAAUAUAGACAGGUGAAUUUUCAAGCUGAACACAGAAAGUUAAAAUUAACAUCAUGUGGAUGGAUGUGCACAACCGCAGUUCAUUUCUGUUGUUAUACUGACAUCUUGUAGUCAUUUGACUUAACUGUGCUGUUUAUGAAGUACAUUUUUGCCAAAAAUGAAUCCUUGUUAGGAGCCAAGCACCAAUUGUGCCUCAGCACCAAUUGUAGUUGUUAGAAUUUUUCAGUAUUGUUAUUAUAGUUUCUGCCAUGGGAGCCGAUGGCAGCCCAAAGAAUAACUUGGUUAAUUUUUGUGAACUUUGGCACUUUGAUAGCAGACAGGACAAGGUAUCCACACACCAAGUUUGAUUUAGAUCAUCCACCCCUCUAGUGUCAGUGUGUACAGGUCAAAUUUGACAUUAGAUUUUUGGUCAUAACUUUUGUGAUGAUUGGCCUAGUCAUGAUUUUUAAAUUUUUUUUUAAAAACUAUGAUUAUUAGAUCCUGUUGAGUUAACACACCUACCAUUGUCAAUUUCUGCCAAAUUAGAUUUGAACAUUUUGAAAAACACAUUUUAUACAUCUUCUCCUAGACUGUUGAAUGGAUCACAAGAAAAUCUGGCAUGAAUCACCUUGAGAGUACUGUGACGAAAAGUUAUUAAAAAGACAGUUACUUGUUCAAAUAGUAUGGCAACUGUAAAUAAACAAAUUUGAUGGGAAAGGCACCAAACAAGAAGUGAGCCAUGUCUCUGAAACGCUUUGUUGUGUUGGUACUAAUUUUGGUGGUACCCUUCUAUGUAGAGCACGACCGAUAUAUCGGUUUGGCCGAUACAUCGGCCAUUAGUUGACUUUUUUGACGACAUCGGGAUCAGCAGUUAGGCAGCCGAUGUUUCCCGAUUUUUAAAUAAGUAUAAUAAACAAAAAAAACAUUGAUUAUUUAUCUGUACUUGUCUGUUCGAACGUUGUAAUUGCUAUUUACUAGAAUUAUCCAGUAGAGGGAGCUCUAAUACAACUGUGAACUGCAGCAGCUGACGCGCUACUACUGUAAUGACGUUUGUCACUCGUGCCUCAUCCAAUAUUCUCCACUGCAAGACUUGUCUGCACAGAUUCGAUUGCCGCAAUAAAGAUCAACAGAACAGUAUGGCCACCACUGUUGCUGUCAGUCCCAGCGAGUACCUUCAGCCCUCUGCCACCUCCACACAGGAAUCACAGCCCUCCCCACUGGCUCUUCUGGCUGCUACCUGCAGUAAGAUUGGCCCCCCUGCAGCUCAGGCGCCUGUCAGCACCCCUCCUACCCAGCCUGUCACCCGCCGCUUGUUACCUAUUAAGCCUGCUCCUAUUGCCCCUGCACCCCCAAAGAACCUGGGUUUCCUGUCCACCAAGAGUAACGUGAUCCAGCUCUCAGCAGGCCUUCCUUCCUCCACCCCCAGUGGUCCAAUCCUGCUCACCAUCCAGAACCCAGCUCGGCCUGCUGCCACCAAUAUCCAGUAUCAGGUGGUGCCACAGCUACAAGGUGCUUGUGGGCAGACUAUCCAGAUGAUGCCCCAGGGUGGGCAGAUUCAGAUAAUCCCAGGCACCAAUCAGGCUAUCAUCACUUCCCCUGUGACAGUCCCAGCCCCUCCUGUUCCUGCCACCACCCAGAAGUCCCUGGCCAUAAAGCCCUUUCCACAGAAGCGUCGACAGAACAGUGCCAAUGUGGUGCGGCUGCCUGGGGGCCUCACUCUUCCUCUCAGUGUGACUGCUAGUGAGGUGGGGGGAGCUCAGAUCCUUGCAGAAACUACGACUGCCCCUGCUCAAGCUUCUCCCGCCAAGGCUGCACGAAAGGGUCGCAAGAAACUUGUGACUGCCUCACAACCUAUUCCACCAGCACCGUCUCCACCCCCUGCUGUGGCUGUGGCUGAGCAAGUGGAGACCCUGCUGAUAGAAACAACAGCUGACAACAUUAUCCAGGCAGGAAACAACCUACUGAUCGUGCAGGGCUCAGGUCAGCCAGCCGUGGUACAACAGGUCCAACUGGUCCAGCAGAAGCCUGAUCAGCAGGUGGUGCAGAUACCUCCACAGGCCCUCAAAGUGGUACAGGCUGCCUCUGCCACCCUCCCUCCUGUCCCACAGAGACAACCCACUCCCAGCCAUCAGAUGACCACAGCUGAACCCACACAGGUACUAAUUAAAACAGCUUCAGGAGAGUGGCAGACAGUGCAGCUGCAGGAAACCACAGUGUCCACACCACCCCCCACUUCCAGCUCAGGCACUGUCGCCUUGCCCUCGGCUGGGGGAUGCAAGAGGAUGUUGGCUGGGGGGCGCAAGGAAAGAACCUUUCCCAAGAUUGCCCCAGCAGGAGGUCUGAUUGCACUUAAUGCAGCCCAACUGUCCUCAGCAUCACAAGCAGUGCAGACCAUCAAUAUCAACGGGGUGCAAGUGCAGGGAGUGCCUGUUACCAUCACCAAUGCAGGGGGUCAGCAACACCUCACCGUACAGACUGUGCAGAGUAGUGGGUUGCAGCUGGGUGGGGUGAGUGGUUCCCAGGGACAGCUGCAAGUGGAGCAAGCCUUGACACUGGAGAUCCAGGGCCAGCCCGGUGAGAAGAAACGACGUAUGGCCUGCACCUGCCCAAACUGCAAAGACAGUGAGAAAAGACCAGGGGAAAUGGGGAAGAAGAAGCACAUAUGCCACAUCCCAGGCUGUGAGAAGACCUUCCGCAAGACCUCAUUGCUGCGGGCACAUGUACGCCUACACACUGGGGAGCGUCCCUUCGUCUGUAACUGGGUUUUCUGCGGGAAGCGCUUCACACGUAGCGAUGAACUGCAGCGACACGCCAGGACACAUACAGGAGACAAACGCUUUGAAUGCACACAGUGCCAGAAGCGCUUCAUGAGGAGUGAUCAUCUCACCAAGCAUUACAAGACACACAUAAAUACAAAGAAUUUGUGAGAACGGUGUUCUGCAUCAGCGAGUGUGGUGUAUGCAAAGCUGGAAAUGGACAUCCUCAUGAACUUCAACACUCUGUUAAGGGGUUGGAAAACAGAAGUGGUGGUGUCCCAUGGGAGCGUGUUACCGAAAUGCACUCCGGCUAUACACAGUUAGGCCUGCUUGGUCUGCUUAGGCCUUCCCCUCAGGCUUGAACUGUUCCAGUGUUGUUUUUUGUUAUAUUUUUUGUUUGAUGGCAUUCUUUCUCCGCAGAGGGCUGUAUGUGACAGCGCAACAGACACUGCUGCAGUGUUUUAAAGCUCAGUAUGUACAGCCCAGCAACAUGUCCGGUGACAGUGCUGUGGUGCACUAAAAUUUAGCAUCUCCAUCCCAGUAACAUAUCUGGCCACAGUGCUGGCCCCUGUUGGAGAAUCCGCUGGCUUACCUUAGAUUCUGAAAGAUUCCUUUUCACCACCAAUCAUUCAGUCUAGCCUCCCUCCUUUUUUCCAUUGUCUUGUUAACAUCUGAAGAAAGUUGGCAGGAAAAGUAGGUUUUAAUAGUCUUGACUUCUUGCUCAUGUUCUCCCAGGUUGAGUUGGCCAAAGGUUUAAGGACACAGUUUUAGUAAUGUGUUUUGUGUGUGUGAAUGUGUGUGUGCAUGUACUUUUUCUGUGCUUUGUAUCCCCUUCAAAGAAGAAAUUUGAAUACAAUAUUGGCGACUUGUGCCCAAUAUUUCCAAUAUACGUUUUGGACUUGCACACGGAUUGCACAAACAUAUAUUACUAACCAAAGGGUAACUCCUUCUUGAGUAAACUGUAAUCUAUUUGAUUCUUUUAAAAAGUUAAAGUUUCAUGUGUCCAUUUAUUUUGAAAAGGACAUACCCCUUAUCCAGUGAGCUCUGCCCUGGAUAUGAAGAUGUGUUCUGCUACAAAUUAAGUGACCAUCCUUUUGAGACUUUGUGGUUGGGGUCAUUUUCCUUUUUCUAUUGGUUACCAUGAUUACCAGUCUUUUCAAACAACUUACUGCAGUUUUUCUUUCACUAUCAUUUUGGAAUGACAAACUGUAUUUGUAGGCCUGUCCCAUCACUCAUCAAAUUGGGGGAAUGAAGCAUUUGUUUUAUCUGCAGUUUUCUGGCUGAACCACAGUUUUCGCAAAUGGAGGAUUGCAAUUAAUGUACUGUUGGCACAGCCAGGCUGCAUGCAGCUUACUGACUACAAGAGUCACUCCGACCCUCCUUCCCUGGGCAAAAUUGUGAUUAUUAUUUGCAGGAACACCUACUAUGAAUGGUCCUUCAUAAGGCCUACAGUAUAUAACAGCUGCAUAAACAUAACAUAGAACCUUCAUAAACAUUACACAGAUCAGUGGUAACCAACCCUUUUCCUGGAGAUCUACCAUCCUGUAGGUUUUCAUUUCAACCAUAAUUUUGCACACCAGUCUCUGCUAAUUAACAGCUGAACACGAUCUCUAGUUGUUGAAUGAGGUGUGUUUUGUUAGGGUUGGAAUUAAAACCUAUAGGACCGUAGAUCUCCAGGAACGGGUUGGUUGCCAUUGACAUAGAUAUUCAUCAAUUCAUCAAUGACAAUAACUACAAGUUGGCAUAUGGUGUAUGUGACUUGGUAUGUCAUGGCAAUGCCUCUUGGUGUAAUGUGUGGAGAUAUAACACCAUAUUUCUAUUUACAGUUAAUGACUAGUGCAUUUAUGUAGCGCUUAUGGAGGCGUUGUGUAGCUCUUAUGAUGAACCAUUCAUGAAAAGCAUUACCCAAUUUUCUUGACAAUAGUUUUUUUUUUGUCUAUCCUGCAGGGCCACAGUCAGUGCUUUAUUUGUUACAUUUAUUGGAACAUUUUUGGAAAAACAUUAGUACUUUGUUACUAAUAUUUUUUUCCAUUUUUAAAAAUUGUUCUGAUUAUGUCCUAAUAUUGAAUUAUAUCCAUAAUAUCAAUCACUCCAGUAUGUCACACAUUUACUGUUUUUCUUUGCGAAGUAUAAAGUGCAGUUUGUCAGUCAGAUGCAGCAACAAGAAAAAAAACCUGCACUAUUAUAAAAAUUUUGAUCAAUUUCACAUUGAAACACCUUUAGAGGGGCCUUUAAAGAGAAAAAAGUAUGUGUGCAUACAUUUACAUUCAUGAACUGAACAGGUAACUGAACAGAAUUUAAGUUGGCUAAGCGAGAUAUGAAGGCCAUGAACUAUGGACUUUGGAAGUGAAGAAUGCAACAUGAUGUUGUAUAGCUCAUUCCUGCUGUAUACAAUGAGACUAGAUUAGUUUUUAUAUCGAUUACAAGUUGCCUUAGAUAAACUGAACCUAGUAUUUAAAGAGAUUGUUUAUUCUUAAGAAAAGCUUUUGUAGAAUUGCUUUAUUUUUUGUAAUGUUGGACAUGUCUAUAUCUGCCUGCACUAAUUAGAUCUGGUGAUGUUCAUUAAUUCUGUCAUUUAUUCAAAAGCAAGACUUUAUGCACAUGUUUAAUUAGAGGUGAUGAUUGGGUGGUCUCAUUGACUAAAAUGACACUGUGGCUGUCAGUCCGCCAGAGAGGUGGAUUGGUCUCAGCUGCGCUGGCUGGUCGAGAGAGCACACACACCUGGGCUGCAUUAGCUAAUCAGCCCAGGUGCUUAAAGGUGUGCUGCUCUCCACAGCUCGGGGCCGAGACCAAUCCGCCUUUCUGGUGGACCGACUGCCACAGUCUCAUUUUGGUCCUUGAGAGAAAUAAUUUGGAUUAUUUCCUGGAGGAAAAUUAACUUCCAAUAUGAAAGUCACUCUCAAAGCAGCAGUUACUGCUUUUACCCUCAAUUUACCAGUCUAAAUAGUUUAUGCCUGGUUGUUCUUUGUUGAAUGGAGUUGUAAGAGCUUACAUGUUUCAAAUUUACAUGCAGUGAAGUUCCAUUUUUAAAUGAAUGAUAAACCACAAACAUCACCCCUUUUCAUACUAAUGUAUUAUUUCAAAUAUAAUUUAAACAAAAAAAAGAACCACAUUUAGCCAUAUUAACUUUGUGAAGAUGUAAAUAACUUGUGGGGGGGGGGGGGGGUCAAAUAUGCAGACUGUUGUGCAAAAAAAUCACACCAUCUGUGUUCAUAAAUACUUUUCCAGAUUGCAUUUGUUUAAACUUUAAUUUCUUGCUCAGCUGACUCCUUGGACCUUUCAAUGAGAGAUAGUGGUAUAUCAGGUUUCUUAUAGAGGACAGAGUGUCACUUUUUUGCUAUGCUAACACCCAUGGUGAAAAAAAAAAAUCAUUGUGCAGUGGGUCUUGCAAAAGUUGUGUGUUCCUUGCCAUUCAUACUAGACCAUCUAUUUUCUUUCCACAUUUGCCUCACAAAAUUUGUAGAUCCAAGACAUCUCUUCACUGUCCACAACACAUUAUGUGAGUGUCCCAUUACAAUGAAGCUGAUGUUUUGAAAUUGGGUUUUAAAGGGACAAAAAUGAAAUGACGCUGUUUUCACUUACCCGGCAAGCUAUCUGCAUGCUAUCUUUUGCUGGAAUUUUACAAGUUAUCGAGAUAUCCGAUGCAGCUUAUCCUGACACAAUGGACCUCAACGGGACCAGGUUUUUGUGGCACUCAAGACACUAAAAAUGUACAUUAAUAACUCACCAGCGCAGCAGUGUCAGCAUUUUUAAAACAAUAUUUAAACAAUGUUUUUAAACAACAUUGACACUGCGCCUCAGAAUGCUGCCAUGCUUUGGUUGAGACUUUUGUGGGUAUGCACAGUUGGCGUACUUUGGUAGCAAGUAGUUUUCAAUGAAACCAUGCACAACAAGGUAUGUGGAUGUUCUUGAGUUAUCGUCAUUUUAUGUUUGGAAAGAUGAUGCUGUUGAGUUUUUCGAAUGUAAAUUUUUUGGUGCUUUGAGCGCCAGAAAAACUUGGUCCUGUUGAGGUAUGUUGUUUCAGGGUGGAUAUCUCUAAAACUUCAAAUCUCAGAAACUAUCUGGAUGGAUAGAUAGCACUCUGGGUAAGGGGAAACAUACAGUAGCUUUAUUUCAUUUUUGGGUGAACUGCCCCUUUAAUUGUAUUGAUCAGUUUGUUUAUAUACCGAACUGUUUCCACACCUAAAUGAUAAACUGUUCACUUGAAACAUUUUCACAUAUCAAUUUGUACACUUUAUUGUAAAUAAUUUUUUAUUUUUUUCUGUUUUUGUAUAAAUUAUAAACUAUAAUUUCCAGUGUGGGUUUGGCCAGUCACUGAUUCAUAAUGCAGCGGGGGGGAUCUUAUUUAGGGAGAGAAAUUGAAAAAAAUAUAUUUUGACAUUUUUAAUUAUGAUAGAUACUGGAUAAUGUAAAGAAAAGUCAAUAUAAAGUGGUACAGCGUUGAGAUUUUUAAUCUCAUUUCCUGGUUUGAAACUUGUUAAGAAUCAUUAAUGUCUACAGCAGACAUGUCUAUAUUUAUUACCUUUGCUCUAAUUCUGACACUUCUCGCCCCCUUUUUCCCUUGUACAUUUGAGGUAGAGUGAACUUUUUAAAAAAUAAAAUUGGAACUGUUUCAUUUCUGCUAUAAAUGUUUUUUGUAAACAGGUGUAUGAAUAGUAUCUUAAAUAAAAUGUGUCCAGUUUUUUU